AUGGACCAAGCACUGGAGAAAGGCAAGAAAGCCAGUGUACCUGGCCUUGGAGACUACGAAGCCCAGAUCCAACAAUCUCUGGAGCGGUUCAAGAACUAUGCGCAGUUGAUCAGCACAGAGCAAUCAUCUUUCACAUCAGGCAAUGUCGAAGCCUUUGAUAAGGAGGCUCUGAUAAACUCAAUUGAGACCAUCGACCCUGAAUACCAAGACCUCCCAUCUGAGGGUGAAGUUGCCAGCGAUGAUAAAGAGUCUGAUGUUAAAAUGGCCAAUACCAACACAGAGGAUUCAGACACUGAGGCCCUAGAUAAUCCUGAGGUGGCCCGCAAGUAUGCAGCAGAAUUCAACUUGGGUGUUCCAGUGCCUGAGAAGACCACAACAACAGUGCAAGCUCUACGACUCAAGCACCCCCGCGAAGCCAUCCCCAUCAAUCCAGUAGUAGCUGGCGAUCCAAACCGGAACCAUGCCUAG